AGGAGCCGUGUCGCUGUCGCCUCGGUCCAUCAGGCCUUCAGCGGGUCUCCACUGCCGGUCUCUCUGGACUCACCGCCGCCACUGUGCCGCGCCUAGGACACGGAUCCUGCCGGGAAAAUGUCAGAUGAAUUUUCGUUGGCAGAUGCACUACCUGAACAGUCCUCUGCCAAACCGCCUGCUGGGACCAAUACAAAAGCUGGCCAUUCUUCUCAAGGGUGGCCAGGCUCCAGCCCGUGGAGUAAUCCAAGUGCUCCACCUGCAAUGCCAUCUGGACUCCCCCCGAGUAGCGCAGCACCCUCUACUGUGCCUUUUGGACCAGUACCAACGGGAAUGUAUCCCUCCAUGCCUCCAACCGGACCACCCCCAGGACCCCCCGGACCCUUUCCUCCUCCUGGACCAUCAUGUCCCCCACCUGGUGUUCCUUAUCCAGCCCCUGCUGUGCCAGGCCCUGGCCCCACAGGGCCAUAUGCUACGCCAAAUAUGCCUAUGCCAGAGCUGCCUAGGCCAUAUGGUGCACCCACAGAUCCAGCUGCAGCUGGUUCUUUAGGUCCAUGGGGAUCCAUCUCUUCUGGACCUUGGGCACCAGGAAUUGCAGGGCAGCAUCCUAAUAUGCCGUAUCGAUCUCCAGGGCCAUAUCCCACUGUUCCUCCUCCAGUGUCAGGAGCACCGCCUGUUCCGUGGGGCACUGUGCCACCGGGAGCCUGGGGACCACCAGCACCAUAUCCUGGCCCUGCAGGAUCAUACCCCACGCCAGGACCCCAUCCUUCUCUGAACAAUCCUUACCAAGUGCCUUCAGGACCUGCUGGUGCUCCACCCAUGCCUGGUGGCCCCCACAAAGUGAACGAAGUCCCAGGUGGCUCCCUUUCUGAUGAAUCUGACCAGGAGAGCUCCCCAGGGUCCACUGGACAGAGGAAGCUUCUGAAGGUAGAUGACAAACCCAUCAGGAAAAGACGUCCCAAGAGGAAGAGUAAGCCAGUGACUUGGGGAGACAUCAAGAACUUAACUUACCAAGCAGAGACCUUGGGGAAACAACAAGGAUAUAAUACUAAUGACCCAAAAAUGAUGCUGUUGUGUUUAAUAACUAUAUUACAUGUUAAUUCUCAGCAUGACCAUUCAGAUCCCAAUUGACUUGUUGGAGAGAUAAAGGUACACCUGUAAUAAAUAGUGUAAUGUUCUACCAUGCUAAGGAUUUUUUUUAAUCCUUUGGGACCAGUUGUUUGGACAAAGGAUGGUAUGCAAAUAUUUCAUUGCACAUUUUGGUGGGACUUAUCUAAUUGAUCAGUUCACAUGCAGUAAUAACAGUUUUUAACAUAACUAAAUACUCUUUUAAAGCUCUGAUAGUGGGAAUUAGAGUUACAUAAAGAUUAAAAGAAGAAUUUUUUUGUAUUGCUUACUAAAGUUGCUAUUAUUGUACCUACAGUGGAACAACCUGUUGCCAGUGGUUUAGAAAAUAACCUCUGGCUUCAUGUGCUACAUGGCGUCAACAACAGCAAUCUAUAUUCUACUAUCGGUAUUACAAGAGACACCAAUCUAUUCCUAAGUUCUUUUUGUCUUAAGACUUAUUUAUUAUGUAUUCAGUGUUUUGCUUGCAUGUGUGCCUAAAAGUC